UCCCCCCAGCUCUUACAGCGGAGGCGGCAGCCGGGACUGGGGGUGUCGGGCAUGGCCGGGAGUGGCACCAGCAGCACCAGGAGGAGGAGGAGGAGAAAGAGACUCCGGGCGGCCAUGGCGGGGGUGGCGGGCGGAUCUGGGACCCCCCUGCGGACCCCCCGGGACCCCCAUAGCUCCCGGCUCCGCCCCUGCCCCGCCCCGCGCUCCUCCGGGCCGCCAGGGGGAGCCGAGCGCCGCCGCCGAGCACCGGGAAGUGGCGGCGAGAGCGGGAGCGCGUGGGCCAACGGGCGGCGGGGGGCGGGGUUUCUGUGCGGCGCGGGCCAAUGGGCGGAGGGGAGCGAAGCUUCGGGGGCGGAGCGGGUUAAUGGGUGGUGCCGGAGGGGGGCGUGUCCGGCGCGCGCGGCCGCCAUGGGGCUGCUGACGAUCCUGAAGAAGAUGCGCGAGAAGGAGCGAGAGCUGCGGCUGCUCGUGCUGGGAUUGGACAACGCCGGGAAGACGACGCUGCUGAAGCGGCUGAACGGGGAGGACGUGGGGGGCACCUCCCCCACCCUGGGCUUCAACAUCAAAACCCUGGAGCACCGCGGGUGA